CGAUAAAACUAAAGGACACAAAUAUUUACGUUAGACGAUAAGAAGCGAUAUGUCUGUACAUUUAGGCACGUAACGUUUCGAGAUUGUCCAGUCAGUUCUCUGUUGUCGUCUUAGAAGCACUCGGUGAAAUUUAAGAGAAUGCUAAAGGCCAAAAUUAUUGCUGUAGACGUGAAGGAUAUAAGGUUCCCGACAUCGGUAAACCACGAUGGAAGCGAUGCAAUGCAUACCGAUCCCGAUUACUCCUGCGUGUACGUAACAAUUAGAACAAGCCGUGGGCAGGAAGGGUAUGGUCUAACAUUUACCUUGGGAAGAGGCACCGAGAUCGUUGCACAAGCAUGUAAGUCUCUGGCCACGAUAGUGCUAUAUCGAAGACUCGAAUGGAUCUACGAUGAAUUUGGGACAUUCUGGAGGCGUUUAACCAGCGACUCGCAACUGAGAUGGGUCGGACCGGAGAAAGGCGUGAUACAUCUGGCUACAGCAGCUAUUAUAAACGCACUGUGGGACUUGUGGGCCCGUAUCGAGGGCAAGCCCGUCUGGCAGCUCCUUUCGGACAUGAAGCCCGAGCAGCUCGUUUCCGUCAUAGAUUUCAGAUACAUUCAAGACAUAGUGACCGAGGCAACCGCGAUACAGAUACUCGAGGAGAAAAUGGCAUUUAGAGAUGAGCAAAAAAGAAAACUGCUGGAGAAUGGAUAUCCCGCGUACAACACCCAGGUCGGGUGGCUGGGCUACAGCGACGAGCAGCUCAAGGAUCUCUGCAAAAAGUUCCUGGGCCUUGGUUACACGGCGUUCAAAAUUAAAGUUGGCCGGAAUCUGGAAGACGAUAUCAGGAGAUGCAAGGUGAUACGCAAGGUGAUAGGCUACACGAACAAGUUGAUGCUGGACGCGAACCAGGUGUGGGACGUCAACGAUGCGAUCGAGUGGAUGAAGCAGCUGGCGACGUUCAAGCCCAUUUGGAUAGAGGAGCCGACGUCCCCCGACGAUGUCUUUGGGCACGCGCAGAUACUCAACGCACUGCAGCCGUACGGUAUCGGAGUGGCCUCCGGCGAAAUGUGCGCGAAUCGCGUUAUGUUCAAGCAGUUCCUGAGGUACCACGCGAUCAACUACUGUCAGGUAGAUUCGGCGAGGAUCGGCGGGAUUAACGAGAUCCUGGCUGUGUACUUCAUGGCGUACUUAACUAAAAUACCAGUUUGUCCGCAUGCCGGUGGGAUAGGUUUGUGCGAGAUGGUACAGCACCUUCAGAUGUGGGACUAUAUUUGUCUAAGUCAGACUUCCGAAGAUCGCAUGAUAGAAUUCGUCGACCAACAGCACGAGCACUUCGAGGAUCCAGUUUGCAUUAAGAAUGCGUGCUACAUGCCGACCAUGAAGCCUGGAUACUCGACUAAACUUAAGGAAAAGAGUAUCGCACAGUACGCCUAUCCGGAUGGUGAUCAAUGGAAGAUUACCGAAAUAAACAAAGAUGAGGAAGGGGACGAUUAGAGAUUCUUAUCAAAAAUUUAUAUGUACCUAUAAUUCUUUCAUAAAAACAAUCUACAUAAAACUAUAUAUAUAAAUCUUUUAAAAAUAUAAUGAAUAAGUACUAUAACAGAUAUAAUAAAUACCACAACAGAUAUUACAACGCGUUUAAUAUAGUUCUAAAAAUAAAAUUGUAAAGCUA